UGAUGUGAUAGCGAUCUGCAGGCAGUAUAGAUUCGACUUCUCCCAAAAUGAUCACCAUCGGUUUGAAAGCAGUACUGAUCCUAGUUUUCCUUCUUCUGGAACAGGCUACGUGUCUCAACAGAACCAACAACGCCAGAGCGUCGCCACAGUUAGUCACGGACUGCACGGAUGCGUCCCCGGUCACCAACGGAGUGUACCGAAUCCAGACGUCUCCGCACACGGAACCCUUCCCGGUCUUGUGUAUCCGUCGGAAGGAUAACCGCGAGUGGAUGGUCAUUCAGCAACGUUUCGAUGGCUCGAUAGAUUUUCAGCGCAACUGGCAAGACUACAGGGAUGGCUUCGGGGAUGUCAGCGAUGGAGGAGAAUUUUGGUUGGGACUACAGAAAAUACAUGACCUUACGUCGUCGGCAGCAUACGAGCUGGCCGUCGAGAUGACAGAUUUUAUUGGUGCCUAUCGCUUUGGACUGUACAGUUCGUUUGUGGUUGGUAGCGAAGAGGAGCAAUUCCCACUGAAAUCUUUGGGACAAUACAGUGGGGACGUGGACUGUAUUUCGGCGCAUCUUGGCAAGAAAUUCACCACGUUCGAUAACGAUAACGACGGGUUUCCCGAGUGGAACUGUGCGGUGCGUCAUCAGGGCGCGUGGUGGUACGACCGGUGUUACCUGAAUGGAUCAAACCUGAACGGAUUGUAUAGAAAUGCGGCUAGCGACCUGGCAAUUACUUGUAUCAACCUCGGGAGUCCGUUGUUCAAGGGUCUCAAACAGACGCGGUUGCUGAUAAGGAAGCGUCAAUUGUGAAGGAAGAGAAAGGACCUACUUCAAAAAAAUUAAAUUAUGAAACAAGGUUUCCAUGAGUUUUAUUUACUUAAUAUUUAUGAUUAUAAUUUUUUUUAAACAUAAAGUUCUAGCAACAUAAUUUUACCUUCAUGAAA